AGCAAUAUUUACUUACUUAAGUGACCUAGAGGAAGUAAAUAUUAAGUUUUACGUUUUGUAGGUAAAACUUAAAUAAUACGUAGCAUUUUAUUCUAUUGUCCUAAAUUUAGUCAAACUUGUCCCUUUUUUAGUAGCAACACUUAUGAAAUGUCAUAAUUCUACGGAAUGAAAAAUCAGAGUUUUUUUACUUGAAACUGGCAUAAAGUCAAAACUAAUAAACAACUAUAAUAUUUAAAAAAAACAGAUUAUACUGUAUAGUAACAAAUGUUUUAUGUUACUGAUUUGAAAUUUGUAUGGCUGCAUUAUAUAAAUUAACUAAUAAUAUCUUCUAGUUGAAGGUUAUGGCAGACAUAAAGUUCAAAAAAUUCCUUUUAAAUAGAGUUACUAUCUCAACAAGCGUUACUGAUUAUUUGGAAACCUGUUUAUCAACAGAUGAUGAUGUUUGUAAAUACAGUUUUCAUAAAAUUAUGCUACACAAUUGGACUGAUGAUGAGGUGAAUCUUUAUGAAGCCUUAAGUAGUUUCUUUUCUGUUACAUUCAUCCCCGUUAACUUUGUAACACAGAACGGAAUCACAACAUUUUACACUAGCAGUUUAAGUUUUGUAUUAAAAAUUAUAAAGGUGGACUUCCUAUUUCCAUAUGUGAGAAAAAUGUGUAGUAUAGAUAUACUUUUAAAUGACAAAUCAUCAAUGGAAUUGUUUGACUACCAAGUAUCUCUAGAAGAUAUAGUAAGAAAUACUGUUAAUUCAAGAUUUGGGAUUAAUUUUGAGCUUAAUUUAUCUAACUUCUGUAAUGAUAAAGAGUUUGUGGAUAAGAAAAUUGAUUUUUAUAAACUUUCAUUGCUGUCCCAAUUCAAGAUACUUAUGCUAAGAAUGGGAAAGGAAACAAAAUAUUUAAAUUUGAGUCACAAUAAUUUAAGUCAGGUGCCCCUAGAAAUCCUUAACUUUUUCAUUAAAGGAGACCUUGUUGGUGUUGAUUUAAGUUAUAACCAAAUACCUUCGCUGGUAGAACUACAAAGAGUAAGCAGUAAAAUAGAAAAACUAUGGGUCGAGGGAAACCCUCUGUGUACGGAAUUAGAUGUAUCAAGCUAUAUAAGGAAAAUAUCUAUAAAAUUCCCUAGGUUAAUUGAAUUGGAUGGCAUCAAAAUUAACAAUCAUGGAAUAAUGAUGCCAUUCUUCAAAACAUUCAUCAGAACUGUGAAACUGAAGACAAAUAUGGUGGUCGAAAAAUUCGUUUGUCUCUACUUCUCACAUUAUGACUCUAAUUUGCGGUCAAAUCUUGCUAACUUCUACGACGAAGCUGCUCUAUUUACAAUUAAUUGCCAUUUUCCAGGAUCAGAUGUAACCCACAAUAAAGGUACAUAUAUUAAAGGGCGGGAAAAUAUUGUGUCAAUGCUCAGUUCAUUACCUCCCACAGUUCAUGAUCGAAGUACGUUUACCGUUGAUGUACUAAGUCAUAGUAGAAAAAAUCUUAAUCUGGUAAUAGAAGGAGUAUACAAGGAGAAGCUCUCUGAUGUUGAAAGAAUUAUGUUUUUCCGAAGAACAUUUAUGAUUGACAUUCAUACAGAGGAUACCACAGCAACGCAUUUUAUUAAUAGAGAAAUCUUUACUUAUACACUUGCAACGGAGGAGAUGGCCGACAACAGUUUUAAGACACCGGUUAGAAAUGAAAAUCAGCUGACUCUCAUCGACCCGGAACCAGAGGAGCGCGAAGUGGUGUGUCGAGUGUUCACCCACUACACGCAAUUAAAGAGAGACGAGGUCGAGAGGCGCUUAAAACAACAUGAUUGGGAUAUACACGCCGCUUUAAAACAGUUCUGUGACGAUUAUAGAUUAGCUAGUAUAUCUCCAGACAAGUUUAGAGGAGAAGAUGACUUGUCCGACGUAUCGAUGGAUUCUGAUGCAGAAUCAUAACGAAUUAAACAUACAUUUUGUUUAAAUAUGAAUUCCAAUAAAUACCAAUGCAAUAUCAUAAUAAUU